AUGGGGGUGGUCUCGGGUUCCCACAGGCCCCCGAGACCUCUCUCCGCAGGGAUGGAUCAGCAAGACCUGACCAGCCUCCUGCGAAUGGAGGAGGGAAGGGACGAGGACCCUCUGGAGCUGGAGGGCGAGGAGGAGGAGGAGGACGAGGAAGAGGAGGAGGAGGAGGAGGGAGAGGAGGAGGAAGAGGAGGACGACGAGGAGGACGAGGGCGAGGAAGAAGAGGCAGACGCGGAAAGGUGGCCGGGGGAGCCGGCCAAGUCAGGAAAGGACUCAGAGGACACCGUGUCUUACCUGCCCCUGCGUCAGGCGUCCAGCACAGAGGAGGGGGCGGAAGCGGAGCCGACGCUGAGGCGCUCGGAGAGCAGUUUCUGGACCUGGUUUUCCCCCCUCAGCCUCCUCUCCGGCCUGGGCGCCGCCUCCGACAGGAAGAGGUCCCCCCCGGGAUCGGAGCUGUGCUCCCUGGAAAAGCCGAGACCCCCCGGCCGCAUCUGCCCCCGCUGCGAGAUCCUCUUCUGCAGGAAGUGCGAGACCUUACACAGCGACCCGGCCUACGUGGACCACUGCGUGCUGGCUCACGGCGAGGCAGCAGAGCUCGAUGUGCCAUCGUCCCGGGCCUCGGCGGCCGAAUCCCAGACGGCAGAGUGGCCGGGUUUGGGAGGAAACGAGUCGCCCUGAUCGUCCUGUUCACAGGACACCCCCCCAAGACCGUCCAAUAAAGUCCCACCUCUCCCCAG